AUGCGACUCGUCCUUCUCUUUGCGUUCGCCCUCCUCGCGGGCGGCGUCGCUCGCGGGGUCGACGCCGCGGGCAAGGACCUGUACAAGGUGCUCGGCAUCGACCGGGGCGCGGAUGACCGGACGGUGAAGAAGAUGUACCGCAAGCUCGCGCUCGAGCACCACCCGGACAAGGGAGGCGACCAGGACAAGUUCGCCGAGAUCUCCCACGCCUACGACGUCCUCUCCGAUCCGGAGAAACGCAAGAUCUACGACGACUACGGCGAGGACGGCGUGCGUCAGGCCGAGGCCGGCCAAGAUCCGCGCGCGAACCCCUUCGCGGGGAUGGGCGGAGGCUUCCCUGGUGGAUUCGGCGGAUUCCCCGGCGGAGGCGGCGGCGGCCGCCAACAGUUCACGUUCCAGUUCAACAGUGGCGGCGGGGGGAUGGGGGGCGCGCGGGAUCCCUUCGACAUAUUCAACCAGAUGUUCGGCGGGGAGGACCCAUUCGCGGGCAUGGGCGGCGGCGGCGGCGGCGGGCGCAGGCGCGCGGGCGGCGGGCGGCAGGGCUUCGGCGGCGGAGGGCACCAGCAGCAGGAGCAGCCCAAGGAUAACCUGUACGGCAAGGACAGCGCCGUGAAGAACCUGAGGCGGAACAAGUUCCCGGGCACCGACGCCAAGCACGUGUGGCUGGUGGAAUUUUACGCCCCGUGGUGCGGGCACUGCCGGCAGCUCAAGCCCACCUGGGAGCGCCUGGCGCAGGAGCUCAAAGGCUUCGUGAAGGUGGGCGCGGUCAACUGCGAGAAGGAGAAGGGGCUCUGCGGCAUGGAAAGCGUCGGUUCGUAUCCCACCAUCAAGGUCAAGAAGGGCGGGGUGUCCACCGCGUACGAGGGCGAGCGAGAUCUCGCGUCGCUGAAGCAGUGGGCGCUGGAGCAACUCCCAGCGUCAAUCGCCAACCUGCGCAAGCCGGAGAGCCUCGACAAGUUCCUCGCGGGGGACUGCGUCAACGCCAAGUACGCCAAGGACGGCGCGUGCGUCAUCCUGUUCAGCGAUCAGGUGGAGACCCCCGCGUGGCUCAAGGUUGCGAGCUACACCGCCAAAGGACGAGUCGCGUUUGCGGAGGCUCGAGCGCGAAACGAGGCGUUGGCGCUCAGGUUUGACCUCGGACAGUUCCCGGCGCUCAUCGCGGUGUGCGGCGGGGACGCGGACCACACCGUGGCGUACACCGGCGAGGUGUCGCACGGCAUGCUGCCGGAUAAGGUGCUCGCGUGGCUCGACGCGUUCAAGGACGGCGCGGCGUGCCGGGGGGCCAAGCGGAAUCCGAAGUCGGGAGCAAAGUUGGACCCUGGCGCGGAUUACGGAAAGAUGAAGGUUUCGAAGCUCCGGGCGAUCCUGAGCGCGCACGACAUUCCGUGCAAGCUCUGCGCGGAGAAGAGCGAUUUCGUGCGCGCGAUUCGCGAGGCCAUCGCGGCCAAGGCGGGCGAGCUCUGA